GGAGUUUCCCAGAAACACCCGCGGGAGAGACGUCACGGUCGUCCUUCAGCGCAAGGGAGAGAUGGCGUCUGCUACUACCAUUAUUCAGAGACUGAGGAACUGGGCGUCCGGGCAAAACCUGCAGGCGAAGCUGCAGCUGCGCUACCAGGAGAUCGCCAAGCGGACUCAGCCACCUCCCAAGCUCCCUGUGGGCCCCAGCCACAAGCUCUCCAACAAUUACUACUGCACUCGUGAUGGCCGCCGGGAAGUUGUGCCCCCGUCCAUUGUCAUGACCUCCCAAAAGGUGCUGGUGGCAGGCAAGACGGCCGCGAGCUCAGAGGUUGAAGCCACAGAGAAGAAGGCCAUAACGCCUGCUCCUCCCAUGAAGAGGUGGGAGCUAUCCAAGGACCAGCCUUACCUGUGACUUUGCCCCAGGCCCCCUGGUCAUGGCCCCAGGGCCACCUGACUGCUUUACCUCCCUGGAUUUUCUCUGGGGAGAAUGUGACCUAAUUUAUAACAAAUACAUGUGACUAUAUCA